ACUUACUUCCUGGGAAUUCCUAGUCAGCUUGUAAACAACCACGUUUUUUUGCUUAAUGAUCUUAUACAUUGCAAUAUACCAGAUAUAAUUAUGAGUACGUGCGAAAAGGAAGGAUGUUCAGUUGUAGCAGCUAAUCCAGCUAGAAAAACUUAUGGUCCUAAAAAAGGUGCCCUGCGUUCACGCAUGAUUCCACCAGAAAUAUUAGAAAAUCCUCAAUUAAACAAGGCUAUGGAAAAGUUACCACACAACUAUAAUUUUGAAAUUCAUAAGACUAUAUGGAGAAUUAAAUCAACAAACGCCAAAAAAGUCGCUUUACAAUUUCCCGAGGGUUUACUGAUGUUCUCAUUGACCAUAGCGGAUAUAAUAGAAGAAUAUACAGAAGCUACGACCUUUAUAAUGGGGGAUGUUACUUAUGGUGCAUGCUGUAUUGAUGAUUUUACUGCUCGAGGCCUAGACUGUGAUUUCAUGGUACAUUACGGUCAUAGUUGUUUAGUUCCCAUAGAAAAGACUGAAGGAUUAAACAUGUUAUACGUCUUUGUUACCAUUGACCUGGAUACAAACCAUUUUGUACAGUGUGUUACUAAAAAUUUCAAUUCAAAGAAACACUUGGCUUUCGUCAGUACCAUACAAUUUCUCAAUUCUGUGCACUCCUGCACUGAUAUUUUUACCAAUAAAGGUUAUAAAGUAACGAUACCUCAAGCAAAACCUUUAUCUCCUGGGGAAAUUCUCGGUUGCACUUCUCCCAAAUUACCAAAGGAUGUUGAUGCUUUAAUAUAUCUGGGAGAUGGAAGAUUUCACAUGGAGUCUGUAAUGAUUGCUAACCCGGAGAUAGCUGCCUACAAAUACGAUCCCUAUAGUAAAGAGAUUACACGGGAAUAUUAUGAUACGGAAUUAAUGCACAAAAUUAGACAAAAUGCUAUAAAAGCAGCAUCGCAGUCAAAAACUAUAGCUGUAAUCCAGGGAACGUUAGGUAGACAAGGAUCUCGACCAGUAACCGAAUACUUAAAGAAAAAAAUCGAGGACAGUGGACGUAAAUGUGUUAUGGUCCUUUUAGCUGAAUUAUUUCCUUAUAAGCUCAAAGAAUUUAAUAAAGUGGACGCGUGGGUUCAAGUUGCAUGUCCAAGAUUGUCUAUUGAUUGGGGUUCAUCUUUCGAAAAGCCGGUCCUUACCCCCUACGAGACAAAGAUCAGAGGAUAUACCAGUUGGGUUAAUCUCAGAUUAAAGCCGUAUGAUAACCUUAUGAACAAUGUCCUAAUGGAUUUGUUAUCCGGAACAAAUUUAAAAUGUUUAGUCGAAAGUCUUAUUGGAAAAUCGCCAUCGAAUGUCGAUAGUCUGGAUCAACUAACUCAGCAACAGAAGAUAACAAGAGUGGAAUGGUUAGUAAACGAAUUGAAAAAAUUUAAAGUUCUUUCGGAUGACGUCUUGGUUGACUAUAGACUAUUUGCAAUGAAAAGUGCUGAUCAUGUAUUCGACUUGCUCUGGCGUCUUCUCUCUCACGACGCCAGACUAAUGUGGGAGCGUAUAGAAUUCCUUCAACAAAGCGACGAUAUUCUAUUAGAGCAUGUAUUCCGUUGGGUACCAGAUGCACCUCCAGAAGCUAAGCGAACGGUCAAAAAGACUCAAAAUUUAUUAUCUGGUUUUGGUGCGUCUAGUUUUAAUAUUGAAUAUGUAAAUGAGGAUAACGACGAUGACAAAGAAUCAAACAAUUACGAAAGAUUUCCCGAAGUCGAUUUUAUGAAACGCUUUAAAAAAGUAAAACGUAAUAAAUUUCCUCCACCGCAAGACUGCAUUCUCGAACUAGUAAAUACUCAAUUAAAACACACUAACGAAGGAUUAAAGUUACAUUGUGAUAGCCUUGAUGAUUUAUCAGAUUCUAGGAUUUUAUGUGCCUUACUUAAUUCGUUCGUUCCAAAUACAUUCACUUCAGAGAUACUUUUAAAUGAUAGAUGGACAAUGAAUUGUGUGUUAAAAACUGCCGAAGAAAUGUUCUAUUCAAAUAGCCUUUUCGAUUCGGAAGAUCUAGUGGAAGGCGAUAGUAAGAGUCUUACAGCCUAUUUUCUAGCAUUCUUCAUGCUGGCUUACAAAUUUAAACAAUGUAAAGUAGUAGCGGCUAAAUCAACGUCAAUAAAACGAGCUAUCAGAGGAUUUCGAAACGAAUUAAUCUCUGAUGGUAGUUUGACAGGAGAAAUUAGCCCUAAAUUAUACGCUAAAGAACGAGAAUUGGAACAAUUAUCUAAUAAGUUCGACAUAGAAUUCAGCGAAAAAUGGAUUAAACACGUUGAGCAAGUUCAAAAAAAGACUCAAGAUACUAUUCGGCUGUUAAUGAGACAGAAAUUCUGUAAAGUUAAUGUCCCAAGGAGUCUUACGGUUGGAGAUUUAUGCCUCUCAAUGGGUAUUAAUUUGACAUUAACCAACGGAAGUGGCUUUUAUUUGUUAGAAUCUAGAGAAACAUUUACGGAAGGUCGGAAAUGUGUUAUACACCUAAAUCGGCAUGAUGAAAAGAACGAUAGCGCUAUUUCUGGUGAAUUUGUUGACAAUUUUUCCAGUACAAAAAAUUCAUCAAAUAAUGUUGUUAAACAGAUAUUAAAGCUUUCUCAUUCUGGUACAGCCGAUAUAAAUCCUAAACAUUUCGAUCAAUACGAAGUGUUCUUUGAGGCACAAUCAAAAAAUAAGCAACUUAGAGCCGGAACAAUCUUUCUUUAUCAAGUAUUCCCUAGUAGUCAUUCAACAUGGUAUAAAAUACUUCUUAAAGCCAUUAAGGAUAAUGAUAAUGAAACUUUAACGAAAAUGGUCUCGUUCUUUCGUAGUACUCCAUCUUUCAUAAACUGUAAAGAUGGUCCUGCAAAAAAUACUCCCUUACACACAGCCGCUAGGCUUGGUCAUACAGAAAUGGUUGGCAUUCUCUUAGAGUUCGGGGCCAAUAUAGAUCAACAGAAUCUUUUAGGUCAAUCGCCCCUAUUUUCAGCGGUUGAGGGCUUACAUCAAAGGACAGCUCAUUUAUUAAUUGAAUGGGGAUGUGAUGUUCAUUUAAAAGAUGAAAAGAAUAGAACGGCUUUUGAUACGAUCAAAAACGACGAAUUUAGAGAUGCUCUUAUAGAAAUAUAUAGGCGCUAUUCAACAAUUGUACCUCUUAUUAUGUCGGGUGAUUCGCAAGCUUUAAACGAAGUUUUCGAGGAUCAUAUUAGUGGAAAGAAACGCUUAUGUAGUCUACGAAGCCGUUUUAUAAAUGGUAGUACGCUUCUACACACGGCCGCUUAUUUCGGCGAAAAAUCUCUGAUACGGAAAUUGCUAAAUGUCGGAUUAGACAUUAAUCUAUUGGAUUAUAAGGGAGCUGUAGCUCUACAUAGGGCUAAAGAUGCCGAUACCCUUUCCGUACUUACGGCUGCUGGAGCUGAACCGGAUAUAACUGAUUUCGACGGUAACACCCCAUUGCAUGUAAAAUGCUAUGGUGAUACAGGAAAACCAUCGGCGGUCAAUUGUGUUGACGGCCUAAUUAAAAUUGGAGCAAAGCUCACAGUUCGCAAUCAUAAAAAGUUACUUCCAAUUCAUUGUUGUGCAAUGCAGGGGAGAGUAGAUCUAAUAAAGAUAUUAAUGGAGGCUGAGGGCGGAGAUGAAAUGUUGAAGUCGUUGGCCGAUGAGGAGGAUAGAAAUCCACCUAGCUUACCACAUUUAGCUUUGGCUAAUGACUAUUUAAAUGCAGCAGAAUGGCUCUUAGAGCGAGAGUUCUUUUUAAAGAGGUCAGAGCCAGAAAUAUUAAUUCAAAGAAUUAUUACGGAAAAAAUAAAAGUUAGCGAAAAAAUUAGAGCCAUUAAACUACUUAUCAAAUACGGAGCGGAUCCUAAUCAUAUUUACGAGGGAAGUGGCUAUACAGCAUUGCAUUACGCUGCAUCCGUAACAAAUUCCAAUGACCUUUUAGAAGUUCUUGUUGAAAGUGGAGCCGAAAUUGAAGCGGCUGCUGAAUAUAAUGCUGUUACACCUUUGCAUAUCGCUUGUCAAGUGAACAAUCGAUUUGCCGCUUCAUAUCUAAUUUCAAAGGGAGCUGACUGCAAUAUAAAGGAUGUUAAAGGAUUAACGCCCUACGAUUAUGUAAUAGAUUACGAAGAAUGGAUUGAUUCGGGAAAUUUUUCAGAUGAAACAUGCGCCAUCUUAAAAGCUUUCAAUCUUAAGCACACAAGAGAUUUAAUUAGGGCUAUUUCCAACAGAGUAAGAAUAGUACCCUCGCUAGCCGGUAGCCCGCAACCAGCUAUCAUAUCUGGUUGGAGUUCAGCCACAUCAUCAAGAAAGAAACCUGUGAGAAUACGAUCAAGGCUUAGAUCAACAACUUCUUUACCUGCAAUUCGGAAUACAAACAGCAGUAGAAGUUAUUAUAGAUAA